GGCUGUCUCUGUCUUAAAGAGAGCCGUGGAGCUGGACCACAGCUCGCGCUUUCAGGAGGCUCUGGUGUGCUACCAGGAGGGGAUCCAGCUCCUGAUGCAUGUACUGAAGGCUGUAAAAGAUGAUUCAAAGAAGGUCCACUACAGAGAGAAGAUCAAGGGUUACAUGGACCGAGCAGAACAGAUCAAAGACCAUGUCAACAAACCGAAAGAAGAGGGUAAAUACCACGAGCAGAUAAAGGUAGCAGACAGCUCCACUGGUUUCAGCUAAGAAUCCCUCUUCAAGCCCUACAUCAGAGACGGACUGACUGAAGUCUGGGUGGAGGACCCUUAUGUACGGCAUGUCCAUCAGUUGUAUAACUUCCUUCGUUUCUGUGAAAUGCUGCUGAAAUGCCAGUGUAAAGUAAAGACGAUUCACCUUCUGACCUCACAGGACGAGGACAGCUCUGCUCAGCAAACCAGUGCCCUUGCGGAAAUAAAGCAGUCGCUGCAGAGUCAAAACGUCUGUCUGGACGUCCAGUACUCAUCUACUAUUCAUGACAGGGAGAUCAGGUUUAAUAACGGUUGGAUUAUUAAAAUCGGCAGGGGACUUGAUUAUUUCAAAAAACCAAAGGGUCGCUUCUCUGUAGGAUACUGUGAUUAUGAUCUGAGAGAGUGUCAUGAGACUACUGUGGACAUUUUUCAUACAAAACACACUAAGAAGACAUAAUCUUGAUCGAAAAGCUUCUCCACUGUCUGGCAUAUCUAUGGGGAUAACUAUAAUUUUGAAGGCAAUCCUCACAUACAAACCUGGACAACUGGAAAUGUGCCUUCUGAGCCCAUUUACAGCUGUUAAAUAAAGCAAAAGGAGUGAUUUUAUUGCCUGUUUUAAAAUGCUCUGAUAUGAAUCAUUAUUAUUAUAGUAAUUCCAACUAUAGUAAUUGCUAUUACUUCUAUUGUUGUUUUUAAACAAUUUAUCCACGAGUAUAUAAUGGGGUGAUUGAUAUGUAUUUAUUAUAUGUUCGCCUCUGUAAUCAUAAAAAACGAAGUGCAUGUGUAAAUAAGGUAGUAGUCUGUAAAAUGUUCUUCACUAGUAAGUUCCCUUAAUAAAAACGUUUUGUAAAUAUAUCGCGUGCAGCAGCAGCGCCACCCUGUGGUCACUGGGAGAACUUCCAGUCGUCGUGUAAAAGGGAUUGAUCUGUGUUAUGUUACAGCAUAACGUGAAGAAUCGCUCCACCGGCUCGGUUAAAGAGCAAGUGGAUGCCAGAGAUCACCUCACCUGCUUUUUCUCUGUGAUUUACAUCAGUAUGUGAGUGUACGCGACUACAUUAUAUUUAUAUUAAGUUUUAGGACAGUCAUGUUUCAGUUAUCGUGUUAAUUUUGAUUUAAGAUAGUGUUAUAAUGGUUACGGUAAGUUUGUGUUUUGUUUUUGAAAUUGAAACUCAUAAAUAUGCGAGAAUUGUGACACGUGCAGACUGUACAAACGAUAACCCAUAUAAUUCCAUGCGUUUCUGAAUAUCUUUUUAUAUAAAUUCAUAUUUAUAUGGGCCACUUGAUUUGGGACAAUCAUAGCCUACUGUAAAAGGCUUGCUGUUUGUGAAAG